AGUUUAAAUUUCAAUGUUUCAGAUUUCAAGAAAUUAUUUGAGUGCAGUUAAGUUUUCCACAAUGUCAGGCAUUGAUAAAUUAUUUUCACUUCUAUGUUUAUUGAUUUUAUUCAUUAUGCAAGGCUUUCCAAGUGCAAAAAAUAAUAACUAUGCCAUUUCAAUUUACGAUCUUAUGCCAUUUUACGACCUUAUUGUUUUGGAGGAGUAUUUACUUAGUAUCUUGGACAGAUUUAAGCACGAACUACAGAAUAGAGUUAUAACAAUAGAGAGUUACUUGGAGUUAAUGAGAAAAGGAACAAAUUCUUUACCAAAUAAUAAAUUCCAAUCUGAUUUUGAGGAAACUUUUCCCAUCGUGCGCCGUUUAUAUUCCGAUUAUUCCCGUUUAGUGACAUUUCUUGACAAAAAGCCUUGGGAUGAUUGUAUUAGGGCUAUCAACGAUCAUAAACCAAAGAUGCCAACAGCUAUGGAUAUAAUAGAGACGACAGACGGAUUGCACUACAUGCAGGCCGUUUACUCAAUAAAGAGUUCUCACAUGGCGAAGGGGAUCCUUCAAGGGGUGGAUCACAAUUCCUCACUUAAUGCCUUUGAGUGUUUUACCAUGGGCAUGUACCUGGAAGAAGUAAAUGAAUAUGUCGAUGCCAAGGAAUGGCUUGAACUUUCUCUUGACUUAUAUUUGGAAGAUCGUGCUAAUAGAGAAUUAUAUGCUGAACUUGGAUUCUCCUCAGUCAUGAUAUAUGUACUAUACGGAACGGUUUUGCAACAUUUGGAUGAAGAUAACAAAACACUUACGGAUUCUCUUAAGACUGAAGACGAAGUCAUCCCAAAAGAAGAAUUACAGAAAACAGAUAAGGUUAUUGAUAGGAACAGAUGGGAGCGCUAUAAGUCGAUGUGCUCAACAGAAAGCCGACCGAAAACCAACCUAUACUGCCUUUAUCAAAGAAACGUCUCACGCUUCUUGUUUCUGGCGCCACUUAAAAUUGAGAUCCUGUCACUCGAUCCAUACAUGGUGUUCUACUACGAUGUGAUUCUAUGCACUGCAUGUGGAUUAUUUUUAUGAAAAUGUAAAUAUUUGACAACCAACGUGAUUCUUCACGAAUAUUUGAAUAUAGUUACAGAAGAAGGAGGGAUUCAUAUCCGAUCGCAUAGCGACCAUUCUGUUUUACUUGAGUGAAGUACCUCAAGGAGGAGCUAUGGCAUUUCCAGAAAUUAAUAUAUCAGUUUUCCCCAAAAAGGGAUCUGCCCUAAUGUGGUACAAUUUGGAUAACAAAGGAAAUGGUAAUUACAAAUCAGCCCAUACAGCGUGUCCCACUAUUGUUGGCUCAAAAUGGGCUAUGACCAAGUGGAUCGACCAAGUUUCUCAAAUGUUCAGGAAGCCCUGUUUAAAGGAAGUCUGAAUUAUUUUAUGUUUUUACCAGACCGUUUAAAUUAAUUUAGUUUAACAAUAGUACAUUAUUUGUCACGCCGAUUUCUCUUCAUUAUAAGUUUUUACUUUAUACAGUAAUGCAGUCGUUUUUAAAAGUCCCAAUUUUGUUAGUAUUUUGAAGUUUUCCCCAAGGGAGCUAUACAUCGGUUAUGGAUGACUACAAAGAUCUGGAUACGAAAAUCUUAACACAUUUAGGAGACUAUACUGGAGUCAUUAAAAAGAAAAUCACUUUGCUAGAUCAUUACAUUGCUGAGAGACGAAGUAUGCUAAAUAGCAUGGGAGCUGACUCAGAAGUAUAUUUUUCCAAUCCUAUUCACGCGUACUCCAUGAUACAUCAUUUGCACUUCGUCUGGGUAUUUUGGAUUAAACUAAUGGAGGAUCCUCCAGGCAAAGAAAUAAUUUCUCAAAUUGAAAGACUAUUACCGCAGAGUCCAGGCAAAGAAGUCCUCCAGAUCAGGUUGGCAUGGUUGUGGCAUUUGCAGACAGCGAUGGAUAGCGAAAAUUUAUUUGAUCUUGAUGAGUCUCAUGUUAAUCUACUGGACUCUCUAGAAAUAGGAAAGUUUGCCUUUGAAAAAAAGCAAUACAAACAUGCCGAAAAGUGGUUAAACUCAAGUUUCAAAAAACUAGAAAAACUUAAUCCUGAGCAACGGAAUCUUUUCAACAUACUCGGAGCUCUUAAUGAAAGACAAGUGCAACAGCUACGUGACGAAACAAUUUUAAAAACUAAAAUAAUAAAAUAAAUCAACUUUGUCUAAAUAGUUUGUUUGCAUUACAAAAUGUGAUGUAUUUUCCUAACUAUUUUCUUUUUUAGACCCUCCAUUAUUUAAUUAAUUUGCGUACUAUGAUGAUAGUUAUACUAUUUUUGGUUGGUGAAACUAUUUCAUGCCCUGCCCUUACAAAAAUAAAUGAG